AUGCCUGGCAGUUUCUUUCCGAGCUCCUGGCCUAGAGAGGACUUGCCAGAUUUCUCGACUUUGCUCGUCAAGGGGCUCUAUCACGCGUCGGCGCCUAUCCAUCUAUGCUUGACCCAUGUUGCCCAGUAUUCCACAGCGAAGGCGAUACUUAUCGCGCCUUCCAGGGAAGCAUUCGUGCGUGAUCUGCAAGACCUCGACGAUGAGUGGUUGUCCUCAUUCGCUGGGCAUGGACGAAUUGCCGGACUCUCUUCGCGGAUAGAAGUGCAGUGA